GUGAAGUACGAGAUUGCCCUCAAUUUAAUAAACAAUUCCCAUCCUAUCCAAACCUAAUUUUCACACUUCAGCCUCCUCUCUCUUCUGUCACUCACGCGGUGCUCUCUCUCUAUUUCCCUGUUCGUAUCAUCGAAACUUUGAGAGUAUCAAUAUGUCAACCGGUCCUGGACUUGAGUCUCUUGUAGAUCAGACAAUUUCAGUCAUUACAAAUGAUGGACGAAAUAUAGUGGGAGUCCUAAAAGGUUUUGACCAGGCAACAAAUAUUAUUCUUGAUGAGUCGCAUGAACGAGUUUUUUCUACCAAGGAAGGUGUUCAGCAACUUGUUCUAGGUUUAUACAUCAUUAGGGGUGACAACAUAAGUGUUGUCGGUGAACUGGAUGAGGAACUAGACUCUAACUUAGAUUUGUCCAAGCUUAGAGCUCAUCCCUUAAAGGCUGUCAUCCACUGAAGUAAAACUGUUAGAGCUGUUAGGAGAUGGUUGCUUUCUUGGUAGAAAGGAUUGGAGCAUUAGUACAUUACAUACGACAUUAAGCAAUGAAAUGAAAGUAAAAGAAUAUGCUGAUAAAACAAUAUGCUAAAUAAGUAAAUAUCUUGAUUCUGUUGUUGAUGUUGGUAUGGAAAUCAUGGCUUUCUACAUGUUGGAUUAUGCAAUGUAACAAACUCCUGAGUCCUGACUAUCUGAUUUGAAGAAACCUUUUUUUAUCACUGUAGUUUGCUUCUUUUGCUUA